GACAAGGUCGACUGCGUCGUGAGGUGCGCGUCCAUGAUCUUUUCGGUGCUGAACCUGGCGCGCGCGGAGAACAGCUCGCGCAAGGGCACGUCGGAGAGCCGCGCGGGCGCCGACGACUUUCUGCCCAUUUUCAUCUACGUCGUCCUCCACGCGGACGUGCCGCGGCUCCACAGCAACUGCGACUACGUCGAGGCCUUCCACAACCCGACCGCGCUCAUGUCCAAGGCGGGCUACUGCUUCGUGAACCUGCGCUCCGCCAUCGAAUUCCUCCUCACGGUA